UCCGGGAAAGAAGCGCAGUAGGCUAGUUGUGGCGCUAGCCACCCCGCUAGUGCCUUUUGGCAAUACAAUUGUAGAAAUUAAAGUAUUUCAUUUUAAUUUUACAGAUGUUUUUCUAAGCAUAGUACAGGAAGGACGAGUGCGUGCUGAAGAGAACACCAUACGUGAUUUCCCGAAGAAACAAAGAGGAAAUAUCCAGACUAGCAGGCUGACAACUGGCUACCAAAGUCUGGUUAGCGUUCUGAGGAAAAUAGCUCGGAAGGCUGGUGAUACAAGAAAACAACAGUGACAGCUGUCAGAGAGUAACGCAUUUUCAAUGUUCUUUGAUAGUAUGGGAUAUGCAGACUAGUUAGCGUAGUUAAAUGGUAGGCAGACAUGGGCGCCAUGUUACUGUGUGCAUUGUUACUUUACCCACUUUGGGUAAACGGAGUGACAAGCCCUUCGUUGCCUCAGGAGCAGCCGUCACAAGAGAAUAAUGAAGAAUAUGGCGUGCUCAACUCUUUGUUGGCUGAUUUCGAGGUGCUGCCGCUGUCCAGCUUGCAGAGACACUCCCUGAGGAGAAGGGACACCGCGCCACGAUCGCAAGUGGAGAGGCUCGUCAGCUUCUCAGCACUAAAGAGGAAUUUCCAACUAUACUUGUCGACAAACACAGACCUCUUCACUCAAAACUUCAAAGCUGUAUUUGUAAACGAUGAAGGGAAGGAGCAACCAUAUGGAGUACAGAUGGAGAACUACUUCAAAGGUCAUGUUGUAGGUGAAGAGAACUCUCGUGUGCAGGCCCAUAUGGAUGGGGAUGAGUUCUCCGCCCAUAUUCUCACAGAUGAAGCAGAGUACAACAUUGAGCCCCUGUGGCGGAUCACAGAGACGGCCCCUGAUGGUCGUCUGCUGGUGUACCGCUCGGAGGACAUCCGCAACAUCAGCCGCCUGUCCUCGUCCCAAGUGUGUGGCUACGUCAGUGCAGAUGCCCAGGACCUUCUGCCAGAGGAGGCCAGACUGAUGGAGGAGGAGAGGGAGCAGGCCAGCAACUGGACAGAGCACAGCGUCCGGCGUGAGAGGAGGGCGGCCCACGACCACCGCAGGAACACCUGCCCCCUGCUGCUGGUGGCCGACUACCGCUUCUUCAGGCACAUGGGCCGCGGGGAGGAGAGCACCACACUCAACUACCUGAUCGAGUUGGUGGACAGAGUAGAUGACAUCUACAGGAACACCUCCUGGGAUGAGGAGUUCAAAGGUUACGGGGUUCAGAUCCAGCAGAUCAUCAUCCAUAAGGAGGCCACGUAUGUUCCUGGUGGAGGGGCUCACUACAACAUGGAGGGCAGCCCCAGAUCCAAGAACCAGGUGUGGGACGUCAAGAAGCUGCUGGAGCAAUUCAGUGCAGACAUUGCAGACAACGCCUCCACAGCAUGCCUGGCCCAUCUCUUCACCUACCAGGACUUCGAUGAGGGGACGCUUGGGCUGGCCUACGUCGCUCCCUCCAAACCCAACGCCCUUGGCGGCCUCUGCCCUAAACCAUAUUAUCCAUCAUCCAGAAUUGGCAUGAAGCCUAGCUACCUCAACACUGGAUUAACCAGCACCAAGAACUAUGGGAAAACUAUUCUCACCAAGGAAGCAGACCUGGUGACCACUCAUGAGCUGGGCCACAACUUUGGGGCAGAGCAUGACCCGGACAACAUCGCCCAUUGUGCUCCCAGCGACGACCACGGAGGGAAGUUUGUCAUGUACCCCAUCGCUGUCAGCGGCGACCAUGUCAACAACAAGCGAUUCUCCAACUGCAGCAAGACGUCGGUCAGCAAGACUCUGCGCUUCAAGGCGCCCGAGUGCUUCCGGGAGAAGAACAGCAAGCUGUGCGGCAACUCUCGUGUGGAGGAGGGGGAGGAGUGCGACCCCGGCCUGCUGCACCUCAACGACGACCCCUGCUGCUCCGCACAGUGCAAGUUCCGACCCGACGCAGAGUGCAGUGACCGCAAUAGCCCAUGCUGCAAGAACUGCAUGUUUGAAAGUGCCCAGAAAACAUGUCAGGAGCGCAUCAAUGCCACCUGUAAGGACCGUUCCAUAUGCACAGGCUCCAGCAGUGAGUGUCCCGCCCCAGGCAACCUAUCUGACGAGACGGAGUGUGUGGAUCUGGGCCGGUGCCGCGAUGGAGACUGCAUCCCCUUCUGUGAGGCCAUGCACAAUCUAGAGUCCUGCGCCUGCAACGAGACGGAUGACUCGUGCAAAGUGUGCUGCAAGAACGCCGACGGCCUGUGCACCCCCUUCACCUCAGACAGCGCCGACUUCCUGUUCCUGCGGAAGGGGAAGCCCUGCACCGUGGGCUUCUGCGAUGGCGGGGGCAAGUGCAUGAAGCAGGUCCAGGAUGUGAUUGAGAGGCUGUGGGACUUCAUUGACAAGCUGGAUGUCAACACAUUUGGGAAGUUCUUGGCGGACAACAUCGUGGGCUCAGUGGUAGUCUUCUCCCUGCUCUUCUGGAUCCCUCUCAGUAUCCUGGUGCACUGUGUGGACAAGAAGCUGGACAGGCAGUAUGAGAACAGCAAGAUCAUGUACCCCAGUAGCGCCGAGAUGCUGAGCAACAUGGAGUCGGCGCCCGUGCGCAUCAUCAAGCAGCCGCCGUCGCAGCAACUCUUGUCCUCAGCGGCCCGGGCCUCGGCAUCCACCCCCGGGCCAAGCAACAGCCACCACAGCGGGCCCUCCUACCCCCACCCCUACCACCAGCAUCAGGCCCAGGCCGCGGUGACGGUAAGGCAGGCGGCGGAGCAGCAGCAGCAGCAGCAGCAGCAGCAGCAGCUACAGCAGGGGAUGGACGAAGCAGGCAACCAAAGCCACAGCCCUGCCCCGGGCUCCGCCGGACCCAGAGCGGAUCAGCCGCCCAUGCCCACCAUCCAGGAGGACACCACCAGCAGCCACAGCCACAGCCUCAGCGACUCGCUGGCCCUGGAGCUGGAGGGGGGGCCGGAGCUGGAGGGGGAGGAAGACGAGCUUCCGGAGGGGUCCGUCUACCCGCUGCACACCACCACCAACACCACAACAACAAGCGGGCCGUCCACGGACUCAACAACCAGCAGCAGCACCUUCCCGGACCUGAAGGAGGAGGGCUCGCCCGGCCCCAGCAGCAGCGAGCGACGACGCCUCAAGAGACAGGACUGCGUCGACAGUAAGGAGACCGAGUGCUGAGCAAGCCAGAGGUGUUUUGUGUGCGUGCGUACGUGUGUAAAGUUAAGGCAGUCCUGUAUCUGACAGUACAGAGAGACCAAGUAAUGAAUGGAAGAGGGUGUGUGAGCAUGUAAAUGCAGCGAAAGUUGCUUCACAGAUAGGCCUUCAGAAAUAGUAAGGUGUGCGCUUGUGUGCGUGUGUGUAUCUGUUCUCUGAAUCAACUCCAGAGGCAGGCCUGCAUUGGUGUUAAUGAGAAUACUGUAGGAGGAAUGGGCUGGGAUGGGGAUGGAUUUACUCAUGCACAUGUCCAAAAUUGCCCACUUGUUUAUUUUUUACAAAUAUAUGUAUAUCUGUAUCUGUAUAUAAUGCACAAAAGAGGAAAGGUAAUGUACACUGUAUACUCGCACUCAGCUUAUAAUCCUGUGUAAAAGAGGAGGUGGAGAAGUUUAAGGGAGUUAUUGUUUUUUUUUGUCUGUCUUGAGAAAGUGCAAGAGUAACUGUCUGUAUGUCUCCAACUUUCUGAUGAUGAUUUCAGUUAAGAUGGGUGGUUUAAAUACUAUCAGUAGGUGCAUAUAUAGCUCUGAAGAUGCUAUAAUAGUAUAAGAUAGCGGUUGCUUGCAGAGGUCCUCGUAUAUCUGAGGUGGAUGUCUAAAAGUGAAAAUCACGUCACAACAAAUUAAUGUUUGACAUGUCAAUGCUCACGUUAAUUGUUAGAGAUUGCAUCACUGAUGGGAUGGUGAAUUCCAUCCUCUUAUUCUGAGACGUUUAUCUCCAUAGAGCUACCUUUUUAUGUUUUUGAGUUAUACCGUUUAACAGUUUUAAUGUUCACAUAGCACUAGAUAUCAAAUGUCUCUUCCUAUAGCUCAGAGGACAAUGACACUUUAGGGUUUGUAAAGGACUUGAAAGCCACUGGAAUAUGUGAAAAGACUGGUUGAAGGUUGAAGCCAAUUUGAUAUCUUCACAAAUCACAGCAACCUUUCCUGCAUAUAGUAUGUUGUAGGUAAUACCAGAUUUGCACUCUGAACAGGGACCCAAUGACCUUCUGUUUCUGUUUAAAACUCAACAGUUGUUUAAAAUCAGUCAUGAAUGAUAUCUUUAUACCUGAUAUGCCACUUAGAUCAUAGUUUCACCUAUCUGUGCCCUGUCAUGAUAAUGAGCUUUAUUAUUUCUAACUUAUUACUGUUUCAUGUUUUGGCUACAUUAUGAAUUAUGAGUCUUCACACGUUAACAAGAUGUGCCUUUAUUUUUUUUCACUCGUUUGCUAUUAAUUUUCCCUUUCACUGUCUUUUUUUAAUUCAGCAUGUUGUGUAACAAAGAAUUCAUUUUAUUUUCUGAAAUGGGUUUAACAAAUUGUCAGAAGUUUUUAAGUUGCCUAUGAGAGGUCAGCAGUGCCAUACUUCUGACUAAUGUGCCAUGACGAAUAACCUGACCUGUGGAAACCAUCUUUUUUAUUACUUACUGUUUUUAUUUUUGUUUUAUUUCAUCAGUGUUUGAACUUAGAACUGUUGCCUGAUGGGGUAAGUUCACAGUGUAGUUACGUCACGGUUAUUACAAGUGUCUGCAGAUGAUGAUCUUCAACCUCCAACAGCAACGUGUGUGUAUGCCAGUCUGUACGUAUGUCUGUAAUGUGCCUGUU